AUGCGCGCUGGCACCAAGAAGAAGAACCUGACGAACACUCAGAGGCAACACCUACUUCAGCACCUCUUGAAGAUCAGCUACGCAAAGUCUCUAAAGCUCGUCGAACCACCUUUAAGUCCACCGCAGCAGCAAUGGGAUGCCGCCGUCGACACUUCAUGA